AUGGUUGGGUGGGGGGAUGGUGUGUGGGGGGGGGGGAUAGUAGAUGGUUGGGGCUUUGUAGAGGGAUGGGGAUGGGGUGGGGAGUUGGGUGUGAUUGGUUGGUGGUUGGGGGGGUGGGGGGGGGGGGUAGAGGGUGAGGGAGGGGGGGGGAAUGGGGGUGGUAAGGGGGUAAUUGGGUGGGGGAGGAAAAUGAUGGGAUGGGGGUAUAUGUGA